CACUAACAUUUUUGCACGUUUGAGCAACUGAUUUUAUUAAUUCACUGUGUUAUUUGUAAGUGAACAUGCGACUGCAUUUUAUCGCCGGCUGCAGUGCAAGUGAGCGGCCGUUGCACUCUCCGGUCGUUGCCUGGUUAUCCUUGAGUGUCUUAUCCUUGCGCAGGACGACGCGUCACGCCAACCUCUUACAUUAUUAUGUUGCCCUGGUAAAUCGCAGGAUAUUUUGUCCCUUUGGGAAUGCCUACAGAAAUCCUAAGGGAUAACGGGGCGGUCCUUAAGAAAUAUUUCUCCUUUUUGCGACUUAAGAUUGGUUAAGUUUCAGUUUGUUAUUGAAAGUUGUGUCUUAUAAACAAAAAUUAAUCACAAAGGUUUUCCUUUCGAGGUCCUCUUCUUUAAAGAUGCCCAUGUCAGUCAAGGAGACGUUUUAACGUUCGUCACUAGUUAAAUAUUUUAUUGUGUGGCCUUUUAUAUGUUACAGCCAAAUACAAGAUUAUUUCGUUGCUUGUAUUUACUUUUAAUGUAAAUUCUUGUCAAUUACAUCCUUAUUGUUUUUAAUAAUUAGUAAGCAGAGGAAUCUAAAAUGAGAAUAAAAAUCAUCUCCUGUCGACUUAUAAGGUCCUGUUAGUUGUUGACGUCAGUCCAAUAUUUCAUACCGCAUCCCUUGGGUACCUCCCGCGUCGCGGAUUGGACAAUCACAGAUUACUUUGCCAAAGUAUCGUUUUUUCUUUAUUUUUUACAUUUAUUUAUUUCUGAAUGCUAUUCCCAUCCUUUACAAAUAUCAUUAAUCGUCGUUUUAACUUCACUAACACAAACGUAACACUUACAACGUGAACUGGUACCGCCCCUUUAUAACAGGAAUAAGGGAAAGUGUUGAAAAAGGUAGGGUGCGUGUUUUGACUGUCCUUGUCGCACGCACGAGCUUUCUGGAAGCUCUUUCAAGUUUAACCUUCGUGUUGGAUAUGGCAUCCUGGUACAUUCCCGCGCCGCCAACGUUGCUGUCGCUAGCCGCUUUCACCGUCAGAUGAACUUUUACGAGCCGUGUGUACUUUGAGCGAGAUGCAGAAAGCUUACAUCUCUCUCGGUUGCUAAGGGCGACGUCGCAACUUAAAGCUAACUUACAAAGGGAUACAUACAAUAGAGCGCGUAGCGGGAAAUACUAGAAGCAUUGAUUUCUGUUAUGUUGCGAUGGAGUUCGUAACCCUCAGCAGCCGACACCGACGACGAGCACCACAAGUACCGCCAUGCCGGCGCUGGUCUCCCGGUUGCCGGACCCCCUCACCAUCGUGCAGGAGCUGCCGACUGCGACGCAGGCUAUUUGCGCCGACGCCACCGACCCCGCCAACCCGCUCGGCAGACUGCGCAGCGCGAUGAAAAACAUCAGUUACACACAGAUGAACGCAUUCUUUGAUGCUUUCCUGAUCUUUUACAGUGAUGAGCAUUUGAGUGAGGAACCAGCUCCCGAGGAGCGUCGCUUGCAGUACAUCAGCGGGUGGGCGGGCGCAGGCACAGCAGCUGUCAGCGAGGGCGGUGCAGCCCUCUGGGUGUCUGGAAGCGAUGUGCGCCGCGCUCGCGCUGUCGUCUCCUGCGCCUGGCUCGUCAUCGACGAAAACGACCCCAGCCAGCCCAAUAUUGCAGAGUGGAUAGCGGAGCGUCCGGGUCGCAAUGGUCGCGUGGGAGCGGACGCGCGGCUGACGUCUGUCACCGAGUGGCAAGCCCUGUCAAGCAGCCUGCAGCGCGAAGGAAUGCAGUUGAUCCACACGCCCACACUGCUCGACCAGCUGUGGGCUGACGAGCCCAACCCUAUGCUGCGCCGACCCGACUUCUCAAGGAUUGUUGCUAAUCUACAUCACCUGGAGUACACUGGGAUGUCCUGGCGCGACAAAGUGUCGGCAGUACGACACGAGCUCCGCGAGCUGAGCGCGGAUGCGAUGGUGGUGACAGCCCUGGACGAGGUGGCGUGGUUGUUGAACGUGCGCGGCCGCGACUUGCCCUACGCCCCGCUUCUCAAGGCAUUCGUCGUCGUCAGUAUGAAAGAGGUCCGCGUGUACGCGCCCCCGGGAAAACUGUCCAUGCCGGUCCGAGAGGCCUUGGCGGUCUACAAUUGUUAUACGUCUUCUAAUAAUUGUACACGGGUUAAUGAAUACACUACAAUUUACUCCGACCUCCGACGAGCGACUGAGACCAAGAUUCUCAUUCCGACUGGAGACACGUUCCAAAGAGGGGCAUCUGCCGCAAUCGCGCAGAGCGUCCCGCAGUCAAAGAGACUCUUCCAGUCUUCUCCCAUUAUCUAUUUCAAAGCACAGAAGAACCAAGCUGAGAUCAAAGGAAUGAAGAAGGCGCAUUUACGAGAUGCUGUCGCGAUGUGCACGGUUUUGAGUUACAUUGAGAGUAUGGGCAAGGCAGGUCUAAACGAGCUAUCAGUGGCAAUGAAAGUAGAUGUGACACGAGCAACACAGGCGGGCUAUGUAGGUCUAGCGAUGCGUACACGGGUCGCUUUUGGUGCCAGCGCCGCAGAACCUGAAUACUACGCCAUUAAUACUACAAGCAGGCGAGUGCUGCUCAACUCCACGAUGGUCAUACAGUCAGGAGGGCAGUAUGAUGAGGGGACUACAGUGGUAACCCGCACAGUUCACUACGGCGUGCCUUCACGGGAGGAGCGUCGAGCAUAUACCACUACGCUGCGUUCGCUGGCUGCACUUAGCACCCUGCAGAUGCCGAGCACGUUGCCCGCCGCCCACGCGGAUCCAGUCGCCAGGGCUCCGCUAUGGGUUGCCAAGCAGGAUUAUCCCUCGAUAACUGGACACGGUGUCGGAGCAGCGCUGAAUAGACGCGAAGAUCCCGUUGUAAUCGACUACAGACAAGACACAAAUUUGCACACGUUUAGAGAAGGAUAUUUUGUUACAAGCGAACCAGCAUGGUACGAGCCAAGAAAGUUCGGUAUAAGGCUUGGGAACGUGUUGGAAGUAGUUGCCAAAUCUAAUGGAUACUUGGGCUUCCACGAAGCGACGCUAUUACCGUUCGAACCCAAACUAAUUGAUAGAAACUUGUUAACUGAAUAUGAGAUAAACUGGUUGAACAUGUACAACGAACGCAUUCGUAAGACGGUUGGCCCAGAACUUAACGACCAGGGCCUCACCGACGUGUAUUACUGGAUGAUGAACAAGACCAUACACAUCGAGCCACCUUCUAAAGCUAGGAAAAUGACCAGCUCUGCCACCAACACAGAAAUAUCUACCCUGUUUUCUUGCCUAAUUCUUUCUAUUUUGAUGUUUUAGGUCAUUUGGUAGAAAAGAAACUAUGUACAACAAAACAUUUUCUAGUUAUUCAUAUAUGUUAAUACA